CCUCCUGGUGCUACGAGCUUGUGCCGAGAGGGGUAGCGUCUCUCGAGGUAGCACUGUGCAGUACCAAGCGAGGUGUCUCGCGCGCGCAGCACCCUCCGACGCGUGCGCCGCGGCAGCCCCGGCAACCAAGCACACCGCCAUGGCCCGCGCCCCGCCCUCCCAGCGCAUGGCGGCCGUGCCCGAGGAUGAUGAUAAAACGCUCCAGUGGGGUUUGGUCGACUUCCUGGGCCGGUACCACAAGCACGCCAUCGCGUCGGACUUCCCUGUUCCUGGAAGCGCUGUCUCCAGGGACGAGCUGAGAGAAGCUCAGUAUAAAGGGCGUAUUGAUGGAAUAAGGGACCGAGUAAAUGGUAUCCAAGCGAGGAAGGGCGAGAGCGUGCAGGAGAAGGUGCGGCACGAGACUUUUGCAUUGAAGGCGCUGAUCCAGAAGCGCGUCGGUAGUACGUUAGAUCGCGUCGGGGCCACGUUGGAGGAGAUCGAUAGAGAGGUAGAAGCCUUUGACGCCGAGCAGGGGCGGUCGCGGAUAGCUAAAUACAUCGAGGAGGCCGUGAUCGAGCCGCCCAAACCACCAGCAGGAGACGGCGAGUUCGACGACGACGGGGAGCUGGCCGGAACGACGGAGGGCGAGAUCGCCUGGAACGUCUCAUGUAAAACGCAGGAGUUUCUCAAGGACCGCAAGGAGUUGCAUGACUGGUGGGAUGCCGUGAGGGCGGGCGAUAGCGAGCGGCUGCGGAUCCUGUUCUUGGCGGGCUUCACGCGGCCCGAUCAAUGGGACCCGUUGGAGCCCGCGAUUCAGACCGUCGCCCUCGAGUUAGCUGUAAGGCGCGGCGACGCGGCCAUGGUCGAGCUCCUCUUGGAGUUCGGCGCCGACCCGAACAAAAAAAACGCGGGCGGCUUCGGGCCCAUCCAGUCGUCGUGGCAGUUCUGGGGCCCGACGCACGCCGCCGAUAGGAUGACGCAGCGCGACGAGGGUAGGAGGCUUAGCGCUUUGGCCGAUGAGCGGCGGACCGUGGACAUGCUCGUGAUGCUCCUGGCGUCGGGUGCCGACGCGAACACGUUGUCGCCCGAAAACCGGAAAUGUGUGUUGAUGGAAGCGGUCAAAAGGGGGCCCGUCCAGGCCGUCUGCGCGUUGUUGCAGUACGGUGCUGACGAAAGCUUACCGGAUAUUAAUAGGGUGAGUCCCCUGACGGUCGCGCAAGAUCAAGUAAGCGCGGACCGGGUCAACGCCGCGUUGCUGGGGCCGGAACGAGCGAAGUGGCGCCGCGUCAACCCGGAACGCAAAGAAAUCCUGCGCAUCCUGAAGAGCUGGCCGUCGCUCCAAAAAGAGCAGCGCGACGACGAGUUCUUCGGCACCUGGGACACGUGGCUCAAGAGAGUGGAAGAAGUGGACAAGAAGCUGCGGGCCGUGCCGCGGGAUUUGAGGGAGUCGGCGUCGGCGCAGCGCGUCGCCGAGGACGCGGCGUUAGAUGUGUGUCAUCGCCAGCUCGCGACGUCGCAGAAGGUCCGGGCCUUCGGCACGCCGUUCUGGGCCUACGAUCCUGUUAGGAGGACGCUGUGCUGCGGUCCUUAUACCAAACGAGAAAGGGACGAGCGCGCGGCCAUGUCUGCCCGGUUCGACGAGGGGACGACGGCCCUGGCGCGCGCGCACGCCGCGGCGCCGCCGCAGCUUGACAAAAGACGCGCGUCGGGCGACUACACGCGCGGCAAGGGCCUGCCGGCAAAUCGCGGCGCGUCGGCCCUACUACCGCUGGCCGUGCCGCUCGACAAGUAUUUGCUGCGGGAGGCGACGGCGCGCGACGCGGGCUUCCUCGAGGUGCGCGACAAGAGCACGCCCGAGGAGCAGGCGCGCCAGGAAGCUUUGAAUCGCCAGCGCGAGCGGCUGUUGGCGAAGCGGGCCGACGACCGCCACCGCGCGCGCCAGCGGGCCCUCGAGGAAGCCAAGGCGACCAAGGAGGCCGAGCGCUCGUCGCUCAUGGCCGAGGUCCUUUGGCCCGCGUCCUGAUGUGCCACCGCCACCGUUACCGCGUCCCAACGCAGGCCCAGAAGAAUCUAACGCGCGUCUCGGGGAAGACCGCGAACAUGGCGUCCAUCUUCGGCACGCGGACCGAAAGGCGGCGCACGGCCGCCGCGCGCGCGGUCGCGGGCUCGGGCCUGAAUGAGAAGGAGAUCGAGAAGGGAUGUACACUGAGUGUGCUCCUGACGGAGCAGAGGACGAGGACGGCCAAGGAGCGACACAUGGCGACGCGCGUCGAUCACGUGCGGGACGAGCUCAAAGCACUCAAAGCGUACGGGCGGCUGGGCCGGGCCAAAGCUAGACUGGGCGAGGCGAACACCUUGACGUCGGACGAUUUCCUCGACGAUGCCGGCGGCGGCAACGUCUUGUUGGCGGUCGGCGCGCGGCGGAAAAGGAGGGCGCGUUUAGAAAGACGCUUCAACCAGGCCUCUGAUUUACCACCGGAGCGGGAAGCUCGGCGCUUCGCCGAGGCGCCGCCGGUGCAAGCCCUCGCGCCCCUCGAGAAAGUGCAUUCCUCGUACCCCUGGGACGUCCAGUGGCCGCCCGACGCCGCCGACAAGGUCAGCGAGGCGACGCGGAACGACCUCGCGCGCGUGUCGUCCAUCGUCGCCACGACGGAGGAGGCCGUCAAUUUGCAACAGCGGCCGCUGCACCCGGACAUGGUCGUCAAGGAGGUCGUGGAGUGGUGAUUUUGCUUCUUGUGUAACGGUUGUUCUUGUUA